AUACAACGGUACAAGCAACACAAAAUAGUCAAAUUAGCGAAGCAAGAUGAGUAAGGGUACGAAGAGAGCAGUUCUGGUGGGAUGCAACUACCCCAAGACCCAAUUCAGCUUGCAUGGAUGCAUCAAUGAUGUGAAAGCCAUAAGAGGUGUGAUCCUGGACAUUGGGUUUAAGGAAAGCGAUGUUAAUGUCCUCACCGAUGCGCCAGGGUCGCCGGUUCAUCCUACGGGUGUAAACAUUAAGGAUGCACUCAAUAGAAUGGUGAACAAGGCUAAAGCAGGAGAUAUUCUAUUUUUCUACUUCAGUGGACAUGGAACACGCGUUCCAAUCUUUCAACCUGGCCAGCCUUUCAAGCAAGAUGAAGCAAUCGUGGCUUGUGAUUUAAAUCUUGUCACCGAUGUGGACUUCAGACGUUUAGUUAAUCGGCUACCAGAAGGAGCAAGCUUCACAAUCCUAUCAGAUUCGUGCCACAGUGGGGGUCUCAUUGAAAAAGAGAAAGAACAAUUUGGUGGUCAGCAUAUGACGACAACAGUAAAUACCGACAAGCCUAAACCGUCUAAGGCUAAGGCUAAGAGUCUUCCUUUUGAUAUCAUACAUAGUGCGAUAGAUACAGCAGCAGGCAUCCUACACGACGCAGCAAAUGUUGGCCAAAAGAUUUUCGGAAUCUUCGGGAAAGAUGUGAGUCUCAAAUUCCAUCCUCACUACGUAGAGGGGUUAAUGGUGUUGGAUCCACUGGAGGAGGAUGAAGGGAUUUUAUUAAGUGGAUGUGAAGCCAAUGAGACAUCAUAUGACCUGGUCUUGGAAAAUAAAGCCUUUGGGGCGUUCACCGAUGCUGUGGUUAACGUAAUCAAUCAGAACUUGGGUGUUGGAAUAAGCAACAGACACCUCGUGGCUGAGGCUGCCAAGAUUUUGAAGAACAAUGGAUUCGAGCAGAACCCUUGCCUUUAUUGCAGUGAUGAGAAUACAAACACACUUUUCUUGGGUGGCUUUGCUUAAAUUUCUGAUCAAAAUGCUGGUGCUCAGGCUGUCAGUGUCGUCAAUAAUAAUGUGCUUAUGUUUUGCACUACUACUAGAAUAAGUUUUGACAGCCUGUUGACUUAUAUCUACCUACAGCUGUUUUCUUAUGCAUCUCUGCGUUUGUUAUGUGUGAAAUUCUAGUGUAUAAAUAAAUAAAAGUUUUUAUUGUCUUA